AGGGGACUGGGACUUGUAGUCCCCUUGGCUGCGGCCCCCGCUCGCCUCGGCCAUGCAGGCGCCGGCGGCUGCGGAACGCAACAAGGGCCCGAUCCUGGAGGUGCUGCGGGAGUACGCGGGGCCCGGCGAGCUGCGGGUGCUGGAGGUCGGGGCGGGCUCGGGGCUCCACGCCGCUUAUUUCGCCCGGGCCUUACCGCAGAGCCGCUGGCAACCCUCCGACAUCGACCCCCGGGCGCUGCGCAGCAUCGCUGCCUAUGCAGAGGCCAUGCAGGUGCCCAACGUGCUGCCUCCCAUCCUGCUGGACGUCUCACAAGGCUGGGAGACCUGGGGGGGGAUCCUGCCAGCCACCCUCGACCUCCUGGUCAGCAUCAACUUGAUGCACAUCUCGGAGUUUUGCUGCACCCAGGGUCUGUUCAAGGGUGCCGGAGUGCUGCUGAAGCCUGGAGGAGUGCUCUUCACCUAUGGGCAAUCCCUCCUGGGGCCUUCGGGACACGGCACUGCUGCGGCAGCUGGCGGAGGCCAACGGGCUGUGCCUGGAGAGGAUGGUGGACAUGCCAGCCAACAACAAGAGUCUCAUCUUCCGCAAGCAGUGACCUGCCCCGAGGGCACCUCCCAGCACCCUGACACCCGGGAGGGGUCACCUGGAGCUGUAGACAGCAGUGACAGGACUCCCCCCAGCUGGGGAUGGGGAUAUGUGUCCCCCAGACACUUUGGGGCUCACUUUUCCCUGGCUCAGAGGAGCCACCACGUGCCAUGGGGGGGGCAUAGGCAUGGGGACACACACAGCCCCCCCACGGGUUGGGGGAGCCGUCUGAUUCAGUGCCAGUUUCCCUGGAGGAUGCCAUGUGAUGGGGGCUGCCCCUCCCACCCCCCCAAGACUGUGAUGCCCCAAUAAACUCCGGGGCUUUGCCUUCCCACCCCCAUUA